GUAAACACAAUCACGAAAAAUGUUUUCGGUUUUGCAACAGCCAAAAAAGAUUGCUCAAUCAUCUGGGAGCUUUUCAAGCUCGCUCCGAUCUGAGCCAAAAACUUGAAUGCGAUUCCGAAACUGAAUCUCUACCUGGAUCCGAAUCCGCUGGCAGUUGCGAGCGGCGAGCGAAGUGCAAAAGACGCCGUCUAGUUGUAAAUACGCAAAGUAAACACUUUCGUUGGCUUGUCGGAGAACCGGAAUCUCUUACUCAUAACAAAAAAAAAAAAAAAGCUGAACCUCGCACUCGAACUAGGUUUAUAAUAGUGUGUAAAAGAUGGAUCAGAAGCGAGCCAUGCUGUAUCCGCAAGUGGAUUUCAACACCCCGAGUGCCCCGUCGCCGACGCCAACGAGGGAAUUGGCCAACCCCAUGGGUCUGCCCGUGGAGGCUCCACCAUCGUACGAUGUGGCGAUCUCGGUUCCGGUGGUUCCAGUGGUUUCUGCACCAGCGAUUGUCCCAGCACUACCGCCAGUGGUUGUUGUCGAGCAGCCAGCACCACAGCCGCCUACAGUGGUGCCGAUCGAUGCCCUGAAUCUGGGUCCAAAUCGAAGUAGGGUCCACUGCCCCGCCUGUGGGGCCCACAAAACUACCAGAAUGACACAUACUGCUAAUUCCAGAACACACAUGGUUGCAGGUCUUCUCUGCCUAGUGGGUUUUUGCUGCUGCGCCUGUUUUGUCCCCUAUUGCAUGAAUAGCUGUCGGACAGGAAACCACUAUUGUCGCAAAUGUAACACCUUCCUGGGUGCCUACAAUCCAAAAGGGAUGAACUGAUGAUAAGACUGCGAUAAGAUGUGAUCUGGGGGCUACAAAAAAGAGAUACAAACCUAUGCAAACACAAAUCAGCUGAUGUUUGCAUGCAAAUAAGUUAAGUUUGUACAGAAGCAAAUGGCUGAAACGCAAAGCGUUAAAGAUAGACUAAUGGAAGGCAAAAAAAAUGCCAGCUAUUGGUUAAAAAUAUUUUACAUAUAAAUACUUGAGGUGGCUAAAAAUUAUUUUAAAAUUUCCCAUCCACUAAACAUAAUAAACAUAAGCAGAACCGCUUA